AUGUCGGCACCACCUGUCGAAUAUGUGUACGCACUCUACAAUUUCGAAGCAGAAAACCCAGAUGAAGUCAGUUUCCGCGUAGGUGAGCGUGUGCUUGUCGUCGAGAAGGAUGAGGCCUAUGGCGACGGAUGGUACCAGGGCACGAAUGAGCGUGGCGAGACGGGUCUGUUUCCGUUUUCGUAUACGACGACAGAUGAGUCAGCCGCCCUCAUGAUGCUGAAUGGUGGCUUCCAGUCGGAAGAGGGUGCGGCCCAGACUGCGCCGGCCGCUGAAGCUGCCUCUCAAGGCACGGCGGCUUUUGGUGCGCAGGACCGCGGCGUGAUGCACUCGACCAUGAACGAUAUCGAGAAUGCGCUCUCGGAGCUGCACACGGCAGAGCCACCACAGGGCAUGUCGCGCGGUCUUGAAGACGAUGUGGAGCGCGAGUUCCAGGCUCGGGCUGCGGCGCGUGCGGAGCUGGCGCGGAAUGCGCAAAAGAGUCUGCAGUCGCAGGAAGAGACGGCGUGGCAGGGUCCCGUGGGCGUGGGCGAACCUGGCACGAUUUCGAACAGGCAAAAGACGCUCGCGACGACCGGUGGUGGCGUCAAGCCCCUGGCCAUGCUCGAACUGAGUGACGAAAGCGAGGACGAGGUCGAGGAUGAGGAUGCGUUGCCUGUCGAAAAGACGGCGCCUCCCACCAUGCCUUCAGAGACCGCCCAUGUGCCGCAUCUUGCAGGGCCUGCUGUCCCGACCGCCGAGCGCUCGAUGCCGCCGGGCGACGCCUUCACGAGCCAGCCAUGGCCCGCCGCUCGCGAGACGCGCCCAGAGCCAGUGCCAGCGCCCACCUUGCCUACGGUGCCUGCUGUGCCUACGGUGCCUGUACCGGCGCCGACCGAGCAGCCUGCCGCGACGGGGCCUGCUGUGGUCGAUGCGUCCCAGUGGUCGAUUGACGAUGUCGUCGAGUGGGCUCGCAGCAAAGACAUGGACGCCUCGGUCCUUGAAAAACUACGUGAACACGAAGUGAAUGGCGCAUCACUUCUCUCGCUCGACAUUAAUAUGCUCAAGGAGAUUGAUAUUAUCGCAUAUGGCCGUCGUUUCAAGCUCGCGAGUGCGAUCGAUGAGCUCAGGCAUGGUGCCACCACACCUGCCCCGGCCCGAGCGUCUGCGCCCAUGAUGCCGGCCCCUGUGCCAAGUGGCGCGCCCAGAAGUCCGCCUCGCGGUGUCCCGCAGGGCGUGGCCACUGCCAUGCCGAGCGGCGCGCCCACUAUGCAGGAGCGCCCGCGUGUGACCUCGGGACCGGCGCGCCCAGCUCCAGCGAUUGAUAUGCCGCAGGGCCUGAGCCCUUCUGCCAUGGCCGCCCCUGUCACGGCGCCGGUCGCUGCACCGACGGAGACGGACGGGCACGUGCCGACGAAGCCGUCACUGUACCUGCGAUCGCCGCAGCGCGAGGAGGCCUUCCAGCCUCGAGCGGCGCCGCCCGACACGCCUGUGGCGCCUGAGCCGAUGCCUCCGUCGAAAGAGUAUGUGUCCGAGCCCGUGCCUCCGAGUGGAUAUGUGCCCGAGCCCGUGCCUCCAAGUGGAUAUGCGCCCGAGCCCGUGCCUCCAUCCGAUGGAUAUGCGCCCGAGGCUCUCCCCAUGAGUUCGCUGCCUUUGGGCGACUCGGCAUCUCUCCGACCCGUCAUGCCGAAUGAGCCGAUCGCCCAGCCGAGUGUGCCGAGCGUGUCGCUCGACGAUCCUGCGUACUCAGGUCCCACCGCCUCGGACGCGGCGGAUCGCCAGUCGGUGCUGAACCGUAUCGGCUCGAUCGCGCGGCAAGGCUGGGUGAAGAAGCGUGGGGAACGGUACAACCGGUGGAACAACCGGUACCUCAUACUGCACGGCAUGGAUCUGAUUGUGCUUCGGGACCCGGGCGCCAACAAGGUCAAGAACCUGAUCCCGCUGCACGGCUACAAGGUGGUGUCGGACGAGAGUGCGAAUGCGGUCGGAUAUACAUUCAAGAUUGUGCAUGACACGCAGCGGACGCACUACUUCAGCUUUGAAGAUGCUACGGCGAUGCGCGGCUGGAUGAAGGCGAUCAUGAAGGCCACGAUCGGUCGCGACUUUUCGCAGCCGGUCAUUUCAUCGUACAGUAACGUCACCAUAUCGCUCGAGGAGGCGCAGCGCAUGCGCCCACGCCCACCGAGUCCCACCAGCCGCAUGCGUGUCCAGCUCGAAAAUGCCCGCUACAAUCCCGGGCAGCUGACGUCGAAGGAUGCGAUGGUCCUCACGUCGCUGGACAAAGGCACCUCAUAA